UUUACCCAUAUAUAGCUUGAGUCUAUAUACAGCUUGUGUCUAUCUAUAUAAACCUUUAAGUCUAUCUAAAUUAUACUUACUCUUCUUCUUAUUCUUUUUCUUCUUCAGAAGAAGGAAAAAAAAAAAACCUUCCUCUUUGAAAUGGAGAAUGAGAAUUUUUAUGAAAACAUGGAACAUUGCACUGUGAAAUGGAGACCAUCUUACAGAAUUUCGCUUCCUCUUCUUGCCAAAUGGAAGUUAUUACUGCUUUCAUUUAAAGAUACAGCAAGAGUGUAUCGAGGGAACAAUGGACGUGCUUGGAACGUCAAGGUGUUGAGUGUGGAAGAAGAUACAAGCACUUCUGGAGGAUUUUUCAUUGAUAAAGAGUGGCAGGACUUUGUGGAUAGAAUUAAUUUAGCUGUUGGUACGAUGAAAAUCUGCAUGUGUAUUAUAAAAAUAAAACUUUUUGUAUUAGAUUUUUUUGAUAAUAAUGGUAUUGAAAGACUUCCUACCGAAGCCGAAAAUGGUAUUUAAG